AUGCACUCUUCUUUCUUUCCAGGGCCUCAAGUGUUCCUAAACCCCCUCCUGUGGCGCCAAAGAUCAGACAUCAUAAAACCAGUUGCCAUCACCCACCCCCCUCUCCCGCCCCAUUUCUACCUGCACACCUCUGGCCCCUGCAACAAGGCCCCCAGGCCUUACGGGGACUGCAGGUCAGAAAGCGAAUACGCUCCUUCACAGCCCCCUUUUGCCACCGUAAUUCCCUCCCCAUCGUCCGCCUUUACCCCCGCCUCGUCCCACGCCAGUCCUCCCCUGUCCCCACCUCCGCUCUCUCACCCAUCCUCUGCCUCCUCGUCACCCCCUGUCCUCGUCCCGCCUCAGCCAUCGGUGUACAACACACCAAUCAACCUGUACUCCACUGAGAAUGCGUGUGAGACUGCAGCAUCUACUCCAGUCACAAAAACUCCCAGGACACAUAUUGUGGACACAGACAUUCAUUUCUACCAUGUACCCACUCAUGCCGAUGCAAGCAGAAAACGCAUCAUGGAGGAUACGGAGGACUGGCGCCCACGCACAGGAACCACCCAGUCCCGGUCCUUCAGGAUUCUGGCCCAGAUCACCGGCACUGAGAACGUCCAAAAUGAGGAUGCAGACACAUCCAAGAAAACAAAGACCACUACUCGGUUGGUGAUGGGCCCCAAGUACAACGAGCUAAGAAACUGGCACCAUGGAGUGUCUGCUCGCACCCUCAAUGUCCAGUAAACUUUGAGUAUUGGGCAUUUGACAGAGAUUUUGGUCAUCAUUUGAGCCUUUGACAGCUGAGAAGAUAAAAUCUUGUAAAAUAAAAAAGUAAAAGAAGUUAGGGCAAUAAUAAUAGAGUGAGAGUUCUUUGUGUCUUCAUGCGUGGUGUUAUGUCCCCCCCACGGCCUCAUCACAGUGGACUGUCUGUGUAGAUAUCCAGUCAUGUCUGGUUCAGAGUUUUGAGUUUUCAGCCUCUUGUGGAGAUGAUGAGAUGAGUGCGGGUCAUUUGUAAGUGAAACAUAUGGGUCACGGAUGAUUUAGGUGGUCCCUCAGGCCACCAGCUCCCUAUUUCUAGUUCGAUAUAGAUGGUUACAUUUCCUCUCUCUAAAGCCAUCUGGGUUUUUUUGUCCAGAAUAUUCACAUUAGCGUCAUUAAACUACAGUAUGCUCAAGUCUGGACCAGAGAAGCUGGUUCCUCUAUAGUUGAUGACAUCGUGGUCAAGUGAUUGUUUAGAUUCUCCUAAAUCUGGUCUGUAAACUUGUGUCUAAAUUAAUUGCAAAAAAUAGUUUGACUGUUCCUUUUCCUUAUGGAAAAUUAUAACUAGAUUGUCUUUUUCUUUUGUUUAGAUACUAUAAACAACACAUUUUGUCCAACACUUUUAUAGUUUACUUAACUUAAGAAUAAUGUUGUUAUACCUCUGAGGAAUGACAUAUAUUCAAAUCACACAUGACCAAUAAAUCCAACAUGUGUUGACAUUUCUGUAAUGUUUUUCAUGGUGUAUCAUCGGAAUUAUGGGCUCUCAUCAUGAAAUGCAGAUUUUGAGUCAAAUUGAUUUUUUCUAUCAUAUGACACCGUUUUAUCUCUGACGUGUCAUGUAGAUACUGUAGUAGAUACUGUGGCCAUUUCUAAAUAAUUCAGUCCAUAAUCUGUACAUCCUGAAAUGGAAAAAGUUCACAAUGAUUCAAAUAAAAUAAAUAGACAAGUCUCAUAAGAUUUGGUAAAACAAAGAUAACAAGCAUCAUGAAAAUAUAGGUCGUUGAAUUUAAUGGGUUUUAGCAGAGUUCAAGGUUGUCAGGAAAAAAAGUUAUUUUUUAAAGUACAGAUACAUAAAAAGUGUUUUGCUACUUCCAACCACUGGUGGGAUUUAUGUGUCUUAAUUACAAUAUUUUCACCCUUCUCAAGGUGUGGGGUUCAGAGAACCUUUUAACAAAUGGAAACAAUGAAAAAAAAUGAUGAUGUAUGGCUGCAAAUCCACAGCUCUGAAUUAGCACAGAACAUGUUCUCAGGGACAUUUGAAAAGGUAGGAAAACAGGAUAUUAUUAAUCAUUCAAUAGACAUUCUUUUUCUGUUACACAACUUAUAAAUGAUACAUAAAACAUUUAAAUGUGUAAUUAAGCAACAUUAUUUUUGUGUGAGUGCACAAACAAUCUGCUAAAUGCGACAAACAAAUGACUGGCAGCACUACACUGUUUGCUGUUGUUAUCUGUAUCACUGAGCUGUAGCACAGCAUGUAGUGGAAAUGGAUUUGUGAUUUGAUGGCUCGAGACUGUUUAUUAAAUCCCUGAAAAAUGAAAAAGUGAAUGUCAUAAGAAACACUUUUUCAAAUGGGUAAUGGCUUGUUUACAUCUAUUUUAUUUGUGGUAUUUAUCUAAACCUGUCUGUAAACUAUUUUAUAUUCUAUCAGAAAUGGCUGUCAGAAAACUAACCAAUAUAUUACAUGCCAUUCUGCUGGUUGAAGACAUUAACUUCCAAGAAAGGAAGGUUAUUUUUUUAUGAUAAAGCUUUUAGUGGUGAUAUUGUAAUGUCUAAAGUGCUUGCUAUGAAAACAUAUUUUUGAUGUGCCUUUCCAUUUGUUGAAAGCAGAAACUCAUUCAUUUUAUCGCAAUAACUCCUUUUGACUGCCAAACUUGUGUUUCGAAAAGCUUGAAUCUUUAUUUUUAGUGUUCUAAAAAUUCUAUAUCUGAGUUAAUAAAUGUAAUUUAUCUAGCUGA